UUACGUCAGCGGUUGGCGGAGGAAAGUUUCUGUAUUUAUCGGCUUGUACUUGACGUAGAGAGGAGCUGUGCCGGCCACAGAGAUACACGUGAGACACAAAGUUCGCCGUGUUUUCAUUUGAACUCCUCCCUCCCUGAGACGGAGCGUUUGUCGGUGCCGGAACCAAGUUUGGACUUUCAAAACAAAACUCACAGCAGAAGAACAGAAGAAGCGCAAUGGCCAGCCCCGUCCCGGGUUCCUGCUUUUAAAUUCGUUUGAGGUCCGAGCUCAGAAUUUCAGAGGGUCUGCCAUGUUCCCCGAUGCCCUGGAAGAAGUUGGACGGGUGGAGGGCCUGUCCCUGUCCUCCCCGCCAGAUUUGCAGGAAGAAGAGGAAGAAGAAGAAGAGGCGGAGACGUCUCCGGAGAGCGGAGCAAGGAGACAGGGCCGCUACAGGAAAAGCCUUCAGCUUUUAAAGCCCUUCAGGAUCACGCACAAGCACCAGCACCCGGUUGAUAACGCUGGCCUCUUCUCCUUUAUGACUCUGCACUGGCUGUCCCCGCUGGCAGGGAAGGCCUACAAGGCGUCCAGCUUGUCUGUGGAUGAUGUGUGGGGACUGUCCUGCCAUGAAGCCUCCACAGUCAACUGCCAAAGACUUGAAUCUUUGUGGAACAGCGAGCUCAAAAGCCGCGGGCGGGAGGGAGCGUCCCUGACCAGCGUCUUCUGGAGGUUCUGCCAAACCCGAAUGCUGGUGGCCAUCUUUUCCCUCCUUAUAACAAUGGUGGCAGGCUUUUUUGGACCUGCAAUCCUUGUCCGAGCGCUCUUGGAAUAUUCUCAGAACCCGCUGAGCUCCUGGCGCCACGGCCUUCCUCUGGUAGCCGGGCUUUUCCUCACAGAACUUAUCCGCUCCUGGUCUCUGGCGCUCAUGUGGGCCGUCAACUACCGUACCGCCGCUCGCCUGCGCGGGGCAGCAGUGACGUUUGCGUUUCAGAAGAUCCUCCGCCUGCGCAGCACCAGAGACGUCAGUCCAGGCGAGCUGAUCAACAUGUGCUCCAGCGACGGGCAGCGGCUCUGUGAGGCCGUUUCCGUGGGCUGCCUGCUGGCGGGGGGGCCACUGGUGGGAAUCCUCGGUCUGUCUUACACUGCAUACUUCCUGGGUCCCACUGCCCUGCUGGGGUCAGCCAUCUUCAUCAUCUUCUACCCGAUCAUGAUGCUUGCAUCCAAGCUGACGGCGUAUUUCCGCAAGAAGUGCGUGGCGGUCACUGACCGGCGCGUGAGGCUGAUGAACGAGAUCUUGGGUUGCAUCAAGUUCAUUAAGAUGUAUUGUUGGGAAAACGCCUUUGCUCAGAACAUUCACGAGGUGCGUUCAAAGGAGAGGAGGAUUCUGGAGAGAGCAGGGGUCGUCCAGAGUCUCACAGUGGGUGUAGCUCCUAUCGUGGUGGUGAUGGCCAGCGUGUGCACCUUCACCCUUCAUAUGGCCAUGGGGUACGACCUCACUGCCGCAGAGGCUUUCACUGUGGUUGCGGUCUUCAACUCCAUGACGUUUGCUCUGAAAGUCACACCGCUGGCUGUGAGGGCAUUGUCUGAGGGGGCCAUUGCUGUCAAAAGGUUUCAGAGGCUCUACUUGCUGGACGACAGGGAGACGGUUUUGGUCAAAAUGGAAGACCUCAACAACGCAGUAGAGUUUCUGGACGCUACUUUGGAUUGGGACAAGGCUAAGCUGAACGUGCCACCCAAGAAACAAGGGGGCAUGAAAAAGAAGCUGAACCGCUUUAUGUCCAGCGAGGACAGUAAGGGCUGCAGAGCAAACGCCAACAUUCAAAGUCUGCUCACAAACAUGGAGCAGGAGAGCCCGCAGAGCACCAUCUCCGCCUCCCAAAGCACACACAAACCUCUGCACAAAGCCCUGCACCACAUUAAUCUGUGCAUUAAGAAGGGUUCUCUGGUUGGGAUCUGUGGAGGCGUCGGAAGCGGGAAGAGCUCUCUUCUGUCGGCUCUCCUGGGACAGAUGACUUUGUUGGGGGGUAAAGUAGCUUCCAGUGGGGACUUUGCAUACGCUGCCCAACAGGCCUGGAUUCUCAACGACACUCUGAGGAACAACAUCCUGUUUGGAAAGGAGUUUAACUCAAAGAAGUAUGACGCUGUGUUGGAAGCAUGCUGUCUUCUCCAAGAUCUUGCAGAUUUUCCAUACGGCGACACCACUGAGAUUGGUGAAAGGGGCACCAGCCUGAGUGGAGGUCAGCGUCAGAGGGUGAGCCUGGCCCGUGCGCUCUACAGUGAGCGGCCCAUCCUCCUUCUGGAUGACCCUCUGAGCGCCGUGGACGCCUGUGUGGGUUCACAUAUAUUCAACAAAGCCAUAAGGGGAGCGGCUAAAGGAAGGACGGUGCUGUUUGUAACGCACCAGCUGCAGUAUUUGCCCGAGUGUGACGAUGUUGUCCUGAUGAAGGACGGGCGGAUCGCAGGGCACGGCACACACGCGCAGCUGAUGGACAAAAGCUGCGAAUACGCCACUUUAUUCAACAGCAUUCAACAAGAGAACCUCAUAAAAGAAAAUUUAAAAAACAAGCAGAGAAGAGACGCUCCAAAAAGGGCUGACAGCUCGCUGGAAGUCAGGAAGUUCGCACCUAAGAUGGAAAACAAGAAGAGAGAACCGCUGAUGAAAGCUGAAGAGAAGGGCUCCGGUGCCGUAGCCUGGUCCGUGUAUGGAGCCUACAUCAAAGCAGCAGGGGGUCCCAUAGUUUUCCUCAUCAACGUCAUCUUUUUCCUCUCAACCACGGGCAGCAUAGCCUUCAGUAACUGGUGGCUCAGCUACUGGAUUAGGCAGGGGAGUGGGAACACAUCGUUAAUCUCGGAGAAUGAGACGACGGCGAGCGACAGCAUGAGGCUCAAUCCUCACAUUCAGUACUACUCAACUGUUUAUGUCAUCUCCAUGGGAGCUGCGUUGCUGCUGAAGACCGUCAGAGGCCUAGUGUUUGUGAAGUGCACGGUGAAGGCUGCCUCUGUUCUCCACGACAAGCUGUUCCGGCGGCUCCUCCUCAGCCCCAUGCGCUUUUUCGAUACAACACCUCUGGGUCGGAUCCUGACCCGCUUCUCCAGGGACAUGGACGAGGUGGACGUACGUCUGACCAUGCAAGCUGAAAUGCUCAUGCAGAACCUGACCAUGGUCCUGUUUUGCCUGGGGAUGGUGUGCAUCGUCUUCCCUUGGUUCCUAAUCUCCAUCCUGCCAAUGGGUGUCUUCCUCCUCCUGGUUAACCGAGUCUCUAGGGUUUUUAUUCGGGAACUAAAGCGCCUGGAGAACAUCAGCCAAUCACCAUUCACCUCCCAUAUCACCAGCAGUCUUCAGGGACUCUCCACCAUCCAUGCUUACGGAAGAGAGCCCAGCUUCCUGAGAAGAUAUCAGGAACUGCUGGACACCAACCAGGCCACCAACUUCCUGUUCAACUGUGCCAUUCGCUGGAUGGCCGUGCGCCUCGACCUCAUCAGCAUCUCUCUUAUCACCAUUGUAGCGCUUCUCAUAGUCGUCAUGCACAAUCAGAUACCGCCAGCUUACGCAGGCCUGGCCAUAUCCUACGCAGUGCAGCUGACGGGUUUGUUUCAGUUCACUGUGCGAUUGCUCACCGAGACCGAAGCCCGCUUUACAUCAGUGGAAAGGAUCAAUCAUUAUAUUAAGAGUCUUGACAGCGAAGCACCCAGACAAAGUCCCAAGGAAAUGGCUCCUGCCCCCUCCUGGCCUCAGCAGGGAAAGAUCACCUUUCAGAAUGUGAACAUGCACUAUCGGGAUGAUCUGCCACUGGUGCUUAAGAACCUGUCCUUCACCAUCCAGCCUGAAGAGACCAUCGGCAUUGUGGGCCGCACAGGAUCAGGAAAGUCCUCUCUGGCCGUGGCUUUGUUCAGGCUGGUGGAGCUAAGCGGAGGAUCCAUUACCGUCGACGGGAUCAACAUUGCACACAUCGGACUGGAUGACCUGCGCAGCAAGAUGGCCAUCAUCCCUCAGGAGCCGGUACUCUUCAUUGGGACUGUCAGGAGGAAUUUAGACCCUGGGGGUGAAUACACCGAUGCGCAGAUCUGGGAAGCGUUGGAAAAGACGCACGUUAAAGAAAUGGUCAGCCAGCUGCCUCAGUCGCUGUACUCAGAGGUGACUGAGAACGGGGAGAAUUUCUCUGUGGGAGAACGGCAGCUGCUCUGUGUGACCAGAGCCCUGUUGAGGAACAGCAAGAUCCUGAUAAUGGACGAGGCAACUGCAGCCAUUGACGUGGAGGCAGAUCGCCUGAUCCAGGACACUGUCAGCAGUGCGCUUGGCAGCUGCACCACUCUGAUCAUUGCGCACCGCCUCAGCACGGUCAUGAGCUGCAGCAGGAUUAUGGUCCUGGACAACGGCCAGAUCUUGGAGUUUGACGCUCCUGCAGCUCUGCUAGCAGAUGAAAAGUCAAGAUUCAGAGCCAUGAUUGAAGCGUCGGAGAACCAAAACGCCUAAAACCCACUGGAUCCUGCAACAAAUGCACACUUUAAUUCCAUUCAGCCAAGACCCUGACAGUGCAGUUAGGGCAUGGAAACGUCCACUAUCAGUAUGCAAAGUAAACCCAAAGACUCCUGUCUUGUCAUGGGAGUCAUUUGCUGAAGGCCAAAUCAUGAACUAUGAGUGAUACAUGCCAGAGGUUGAUUGCAGCACUUUAAGGUUCACAUGGUGCUUCCUGCUCCUCUGAAGCCAGGUUAUCACCGUCUGACUGUGUUUUAAGCUGUGUUUUCACACUGCAAAGGUUACUACUGUCUAUCACAAAACAGUGUUUUAUUUAUAGUUUUCCUGAUAUUGGUAUUUGUGAGGAUUUUUAUUUUCUUAUUUAAUAUUUAUCUUUAGAAGCGAAUCACCUGUCAUUCAGUCAUUUAAGACACGCGUCUUUCUUUUUCUCCUUCAGUCCAAUGCAGUUGUUUGAGUCAAAUCUUGAGACGGGACGCGUGUUACCACUUUCAGGGUUAAGAAUGGAAUUCAGCCAUAAAAGCACGCCAUCCUGGACUGCAGGCAGGUGCGGCGCUUUGAGCCGAGCUCACGUUUCCGCAUGCUGGAGAUAAAAAUCUGCACAUUUCACAGGUUAUCGAACCUUUGUGGUGAUUGUAAGUAAAGCAGAGUGGGGAGUUUUAGGGGGUGCUGUGGACUCUGCUCAGCAGUAUGAAAGACAACAGAAAUCAGGUGUUUUUCACGAACCGAGUUGAAAACUUCUGCCUUAAAGUGAGGAAUGUACUGGAGAGUCGUGAAAAGUGCAAUAUCCCCCUGUUGUUCUGAGGCAACCUGUAGAUUGCUUUUGUACACUUGAGAUUGUUUUGUAAACUACUAGAUUUGAAUGUAAAGUUGUUGGGGUUUUUUUUUUGAUAAAGUAUUUUUUUUAUAAAAGAUUGUCUUUA